AACCUCACCUGUGCAGCAUCUGUGGACAGUUUCCAUCAUGGAAGCUCCUACAGCUCUGCUUCACCUUCGUGUUCAUCAUGAGGACAAGCGCUAUGAAUGUGACGAAUGCGGCAAAACGUUCAUCCGCCACGAUCAUCUCAAGAAACACAAAAAAAUCCACACCGGGGAGAGAGCGCACCAGUGUGAAGAGUGUGGAAAAUGCUUCCGACGUGCCGAUCACCUGACUGUCCAUUAUAAAAGCAUUCAUCUGGGACAGAAGAUCUGGCGAAGAUAUAAAGCAGUGGUGCAUCAGUGUCAGGUGUGCAAGAAAGAGUUCAGGGGGAAGACCAACCUUAUGUCGCAUUUCAGAACACAUUCAGGUGAGAAACCUCACCGUUGUGUGAUCUGCAACCAGACCUUCCGCAUCAAGAAGACUUUGACCAAGCACAUGGUCAUUCACUCAGACGUACAUCCAUUCAGCUGCCCGCACUGCAGCGCUACCUUCAAGCGUAAGGACAAGCUGAAGUAUCACAUGGAUCACGUGCACAGCGGCCGCCCGCUCGAGCAGCAACAGCCCAACCUGCCAACGCCGCAUGGGGUCCUUCCAGCUGUGAGCCAGCAACAGCAGACAGGCUACCAGUCCUCCACUGACCUUGUGUUCUUUGAAAAAUACACCCUCACGCCUCAGCCGUCCAACAUCGUGCACCCAGUGCGGCCCGAGCAGAUGCUAGACCCUCGAGAGCAGUCUUACCUGAGAACGAUCCUGGGACUGGACUCGGCUACAGCUGUACAAAACAUGUCUAGUGCUGAACAUACGCAUUAAUUCAGCACAUGAAGUCAUCAGUCUUUGUGCUGUUCUUAAAAUGAUGCAUGUUGCUCUAAAUUUGUUUUUGUAAUUGAAAGCAAAAAAAUGAUAGAAGGUCAUGAAGGGGAAUACAGAAUAUUCAUUUUAAAAGUAUUGAAUUAGUAUCAUGAAAUUAUGACUUAACUUUGAUUGUAUAUUGAAUGUGUGUGUGUGUAUAUUUCUGCUAAUUCGAUCCAUAACCCGUGUGUUCAUAUAAGUGACAUGGAAAUUACCUGCGAUCGGUGUGUGAAUGAAUAAUAGUUUCUAAAUUUACCAGCCCAGACCAAAGUUUGCUUGUGUUUCUGUAAAUAAAGCACU